UACAAGUUCAACCCAGAAAGAAACCACUUAAUACUAAUUAGGCACCAAAAAUAUGUCGUACAUAGCCACUGUUGGUGGCAGAAGCAUGAGUAGUGGCGUCACCACAGUGGAUUGCCAAAAACAAGUUAGAUCAUGGAGAUUGCUACGUUCUCUCAUGGAAUUACUAAUCCCAAGUUGCAAUUGCACCUUCUUAGAAGAAGACCAAGAUGAUACCAAAUCAGAAAAGUUUCUCCAAAAGUAUCCACCAUCACUCAUGACUUCUACCACCAUCACUGGCACUAUAUUUGGAUACCGUAGGGGCAAGGUAAGUUUUUGCAUCCAAGCUAACGCAAACUCAAGCAACCCAAUUCUUCUCCUAGAGUUAGCAGUACCCACAAGCGUUUUAGCCAAGGAAAUGAGAGGGGGAACACUGAGAAUCGUGCUAGAGAGUGUCACCACAGGAUCAUGCAGCACUAACUUGUUUUCCACGCCUUUGUGGACUAUGUAUUGUAAUGGGAGGAAAGUGGGAUAUGCUGUUAAGCGUAGACCUUCAAGUGGUGAUUUUGAAGCUCUAAGUUUGAUGCGUUGUGUUGACGUGGGUACUGGUGUUAUAAAUGGAAAGGAGUUGCAUCAAGAAGAUGAGCUUAUGUACCUAAGAGCCAACUUUCAAAGGGUUCGCGGCUCUUCCAAUUGUGAAUCUUUCCAUUUGAUUGAUCCAGAAGGAAGCAUUGGUCAAGAGCUUAGUAUCUUCUUUUUUCGGUCAAGGUGACCUUUGUUUAUAUUUAAAGCAGUUUCAGCUUUCAAAUUACCCUUUUUUUGAGCUGUGCCUAUUAUGUGGUCAACCAGAGCUACCUUAACAUGCAUGGCAUAGCUUUAUCCAUCCUAAGCUCUAUAAGUUUAUUGUUUUUACCAAAAAUUGUACUUUAUUUUUGGGGGUGUUAGACUGGACAAUUUGGAAGGGAGAAUGUUAAGCCUAUUAGGUCAUAGCCUUUUUUUCCCCUCUCUUUUAACACAAAGUAAUAACUGUCUUCUACUUAGUAAUACUUUUUAUUUUUCU